CAUUGACAGUCGAUCCCUUCAUAACGGUCGCUCGGAAUCCGGCCUUGCUAUCUCUCGUCUCACUGAUCUGUUCCAUUCGCCGCUCCGGAGGCCAGGGUUCUCAUAAGAUGGCUACCACACAGGGUGUCAACGUUCUGCGCUAUUCGGCCCUUGUUGCCGGUCUCGUCUACGGUUUCUACCACCAGUCUUCGAUCACCGCCACUGCUAAGCACGCCGAGGCCGAACGCGAAUAUGCCCGCCAGGAGCGCCUGAUCGAGCAGGCCAAGGCUGAGUGGAGGAAGAAGACGGCGCCCAAGGACACGCAAAACAGCGGAGUCAUUACGGAUCCCGAGGACAGCCGGUUUGACCUUGAGGCUUUCCUGAAGAUGAAGGCUGGCGAGAACUAGAAUGGAAUCGAAGUAUACGGCACGCAGAUGAAGUUGCAGUUAUCUCUCUAAGAGUCGUACCUCUUUGAAGGUAUAGGCGAGAGAUCUCGGGUCGGCCCCGAUUAUGUAUUAUUGUUUGGUCUAAUUUCCCAGAGUCGUGUCAUUGCGAGCGAAAGGAAUGAUUUUUCUUUUUCCCCUAUAGACAUCAUCCCCGCAUCUUGUACAUACCCUGGGCUGUUGUGCGUCUGUAUCACUACAGUUGGACCAGAAGAGCAAGAGAUUCUGUAUGCUUCGGUUUCAUUACUGAUCUUCUUCUCGUACUGAGUGCGCUUGCGCAAUAUUAUGCCCAUUGUUAUGGGGCUGUUCUAUGAUAUGCUCCGUGACGCCGUCAAGUCGUUACGUGCGGACCCGGGAUGUUGCGCUCUAGAUAUGUAGUCAUCCAAUCUCUCCGUCAUGUCC